GUGAUGCUGAGGCGGCGGGGAAGGGGCGAGCCGAGCGCCAGCUGAUGUUAUUAUGCGGCGGACGAGGCCCGCUGGAGGGAUUCGAGAGGAACAAAGCACCGCUUCGAGUGACGUCUUGCGCAUUGGCAGCCGACAAUGGUGGACCCCUCCGAGGCUGAGGAGUCCAUCGGCGCGCAGCUGGGGGCCUCCGCGGCGUCGCAAGGAGACCGACGCUUGCCGGACCAGGCGGACGGCGCCCUCGCAGAGGAGGAAAGCGACACCGGAGACUUCCUGACGCCCCCCAGCGGCAGCUCCGAGCCGAGCCCGUGCCACGCCGCGUCUCCGGCGCCGCCGCCUCCGGAACCCGGCGGCGAUGCGUCACCCAAGCUGCACCUGGACCUGUACAACUUCGACUCCCCGGCCGCCGAGGGCAGCCGUUACGUGUUGACGAGCCCGCGCUCGCUGGAGGCCUGUGCCCGCUGCGGCGUCAAACCCGUGGAGCUGCUAUCCCGCCCGCUUUCCGAGUUCGCCCGCGAGGCGCCCGGUCGCUCCAUGCGGGUGGCGACCGGUCUGUUUGAGGUCUACGAGCGGGAUCGUCAUGCCAAACUGCGCCACUGCAGGGAGGAGCGGGAGAGGAUUGUCAGGGAGGAGAAGCGGCGGGUGAUGCAGGCUGCGGUCAACAGUUGCGGUUCGGCGUUGGAGCAGCACAAAGUCUCCGCCCAGGCUCCUAAACAAGACCCCUGCAGUUCAGAUCCAGAUUCAGUUUCAGCUUCCAAACCAGGACCAUCUCUCCAGUCUAAACCCACCAAAGUUGGUUCUACAUGUCCGAAGCAGUCCGCCGGCAAAACCCCACGGCCGGCGUCAGGCUGUGCUCCGCCGGUAGUCCGUAAGUCUUCUGGGGGAAAGGCCUCCAACACGCUCCCCAGACCGGCAGCAAAAGCUCCCAUCUUCAUCAGAGCCAAGUCUACGUUGACGCCGUCGGUGUCGAAGCCACCGAAUUGCGUCGCAGGGGCUUUGUUUUUGCAGCACAACGGACACUUUCACCCCAAAGUGCGUGCGAAAAGCCACUCCAUGGAGUCCUUGCAGAGGAAGACGGAACCCGUCUGUUCCUCAACCUCCAACACCAACACCUGCACCUCCUCAGAGUCCGGAGCCUCGUCAUACAGCUGGGAGGGGCCGCGGGACCGAUGGGCCAAGGGGUCCAGCCCCCGUGCUCGGACCCUGGCCGCGUUCAAUUCCCUGAUGGGCCGCAGCCUCAGCCUAGGAGACCUGAGCCACUCGCCGCAAACCACGCAGAAGGUGGAGCGUAUCGUCAAAGAGGUGAAGCGACGAGGCCUGAACGCCGUGUCGGAGCGCGACCGCAAGAUCGCGGCGCUGAUGCUGGCCCGGUACCAGGAGGAGGACAUCAUGAGCCAGACCCGCUACGUGGCCCACCUGCAGUGGGACAGCGAGCGGAGGAUGGAGGAACUCCGGCGGGAGCAGGAUGAGCGCAACAAGCAGCGGGCGAUGCAGGAGGGCCAAAGGUUGUGGCAGACACAGGUGUCCUCGCGGCAGCGGCGGCUCAGCCGGGAGGAGCGCCGGUCGGCCGCCGCCAAGAUGCGUCAAGCGGAGGAGAGCGAAAAGCAGUGGCGAGAACUGGCGGAGCGGCAGGAGCGCCACCGCCUGCACAGGCUGCAGCAGGCGGCGCGUGAGGAGAAGCACAAGAAGUCUCUGCAGGAGCAGAACCUCAAGGCCCUAGAAGAGGAACGGGCGGCCGUGCUGGAACAGGAGCGCCUGCUGCUGAAGGAGAAGCUCACCAUGGCCGAGCUCAAGCGGCAGGAGAGGGAGCACCAGUCCCAGGAGGAGCGGCGGGGCCUGAACAAGGCAGAGCGGAGGCGCCACGCCGCCCUCAUCCAGGAGAUCACUCGCCGCGAGCAGGAGGAGUGCGAGGAGGCCAAGCGGGCGGCGCAGGAGAAGCUCAGUCGCUCCCUGGAGAAUUAUGAACAGAUUGUGGAGCGACGAGGCCAGGAGCUGCGGGAGAAGGCCAAGCGCGAGGAGGAGCAGAUCCUGCGAGCCCGCCGGGCCGCCGAGUCCCGGGAGAGGGAUCAGCAGAGGCAGCUGGAGGCCCGCGCUCGCGAGGCCGACAAGCGGGCCAGGCAAGCGGCGCAGCUGGCCGAGGAGCGCGCCAAGGAGAGGGCCCAGCGCGUUGUGCAGACCCGGCGGGAGAAGGAGCGGCUGCAGCGCCUCAACCGGCAGCGCGUGGAGGAAGAAGAGCGCCAGCGGCGGCGCGAGCUGCUGCAGUCCAUCGAGCGGAAGCUGGAGAAGAGCGAGCAGAUCUUUAAGGAGAAGCGCGCCGUGCUGGAGAGCGCUCGCUCGGUGGCGCGCGCAUCCUUCCACGUGCGGGACAAAGUGCGCGAGGAGACCAACGGCCGCACCUUCGACAAGAUGGCCCUGGAGGCUCAGCUCAAAGCCGGCCUGGAUGACAAAUAGGACCAGUUCUUGGAUACUUCAACUAUCUCUUCCCCCCCUUAAAAAAAAAAAAAAAAAAACCCCAAAACAUUUUACCCUUACGUAACGUCACCGACUACGGCCGUCCCUCUUUUGUGCCGACAUCUCCGAUGAGAACCAACCGGACUCCUGAACGAGAAGUCCCACAGGCAGGCGGGUAGCAUUAAAGGACAGACCACAUAAAAAGAGAAAUGCUUCCGGAAAAAGCCGUUCCAGGGCAGACGACGACUAACCAGACGUCGUCCUCAUUUCCUCGUACGCUCCGCCGGCCGCACACAAGCUAAGGGCUAAAGCUCCGUGAGAUGAUGAAACCCGUGAAGAACACUCAAAUUGCACAAACGCAAAUGAAAGACGUUAAUAAUGGUUUUUUUUGGGUGUGGGAAGAUCAAAAUACAACUUUAUUAGCAUCAAGGGAGUUCCUUUUUUUCUGUCCCCAGGCGCCCAACCCUUCCUUCUUUCCAUGUUUGUCAAGAGUGGCGACAAUUCAAUUCAAAACAGGACGCGGCAAGAAAACAAUCAAAUGCAGAAUAAAACAAUGUUUUUCUUUGA